AAAAAUGUUUUUUUUUCAAAAAGCUAGCAAUGCAACUUUUCAGGAAUAAAUCAAUACCAAAAUGGGCGUUUGCGAAUUAAAGAUAGUGUUAAAGAUCCCCACCGCUUUAAAAAAGCUGCGAUACAAGGUGUGUUUUCUCAAUUUAAACCCCCCUCGCUGCAUCGAUCGUUUAAAAUCACAGUAUCAGUCACAUUAUCCGACAGAAAGACUGUCGAUUAUGUCGACGGUAUUUCUCCUACGGUUUCCUCCACGCCUAUUAAACUAACUCAAAGCGUGUCCAACACCCUCCUAAACUUUUGCUUAAAGCGCAUCUCUCGAUGACGGCUAGCCAGCGAGUCUUUUGGCAGUUGGUGUCAGUUAGCCAGAUAUCAGCGGCGGCUUUAGCCUUAUUAGCGCGAGACCGACGUUAGCUCCGCUCGGACAUACUGGGUUCACGAAGAGGAGGUCGUCCCCGCCGCCGUCGUCGUCUUCGUCGCUCUCUCGGCCUCCGACUUCCUCGGAGUCCAGCACGUCUUGGUCCUCGGAGUCGGGGAACGGAGGAGGACUGCGCUCCGAGCUGGUCGCCAUCUUCAAAUCUUCUUAAAACAAACACAACACACGGGGAGGCAACGUCAACGGCUCGCGCUCGCUCUCUCUCUGCUCGCUCGCGCCGCACUAACCGACAGACGUUGGCUACCUUUUUUAGCUGCUAAUUUAGCUGCUAAUUUAGCUGCUAACUUUCCAGUUCACCGGAAGAUCGGAGCUACAGCUAAACCGAGCAGAGAGACUGACUGGAGGCUUCUGGACGCGCGAACUGCCGCUUGUCCUUUUUUUUUUUUUUUUUUUUUUUUACUUCCUGGUCCUCCUUCUUUACUGUUAGCUAGCCAGAAAGCUUGUCGUCGGUCAUGAGACAGAUGCAGCGGUUGCAACAGUAACAUGGACCUGGACAGUGGUGUCAAUCCGUGCCCAUAUUGAGGACGUCAGUUUUUUUUUCUUCUUUUCUUUUUUUUGUGGGGAGGGGGAGAGAGAGAGAGGGGGGGGGGGAUGUCUCAUCACGUGCAUACCGGAGACCGUGAAGCGCGUGAGCCGCUUCUUACAGGUGAACACCCGGAGCGGGACUCAGAUGAAGGAGAAAUUAUUUUUGACAGGAGCACGUCGAACAUCCCGUGUGACCCUGGUGGGAACGCAAAGAGAAGAUUGACAUAUGAGGAAGCAGUAGAGGAAGCAGGUUUUGGCUCCUUCCACUGGCUGCUGUUGGUGGUGUGCGGUUGGGCCAACGCCAGCGACGCCGUGGAGAUUCUCUGCGUGUCCUUCCUGCUGCCGACGGCGCGCUGCGACCUGCUGCUCAGCUCCUCGGACAUGGGCCUGCUCACCAGCAGCAUUUUCCUCGGCAUGAUGGUGGGCGGCUACAUGUGGGGAUACCUGGCGGACCAGAGGGGGCGUCGCCGGGUCCUGGUCGUGUCCCUGACGGUUAACGGGGUGUUUGGAGGUCUGGCCAGCGUGGCUCCGUGGUUCUGGCUCUUCCUGCUACUGCGGUUCAUCAGCGGCAUCGGGGUCGGGGGGUCGAUCCCCGUCAUUUUCUCCUACUUCUCAGAGUUCAUGCCUCGACUGAGGAGAGGUGCAAUGAUCAGCGCUCUGGCCACCUUCUGGAUGGCAGGAAACAUCCUGGCUGCAGGUCUGGCCUGGCUGGUGAUUCCAAGGACCUGGGCGCAUUUUUCACUGGGAACGCUGGACUUUCAGAGCUGGAGACUGUUUGUGGUGCUCUGCUCCGUCCCCAGCCUCACCUCGGCCCUCCUCUUCCGGCUGUUUAUGCCCGAGAGCCCCAAGUUCCUCAUGGAGGCGGGUCGGGAGAAAGAGGCGAUCCACGUCUUCCAAGUGAUGUUUAAGCUGAACAUGUGGGGGAAAGGAAAGACUUUACCGGAAUUUGGUUUGUGCACCAGCUCCAAGCAAAGAGGGGGACCAGUUGAGACCAGAACCCGCUCACGGAGAGAGAGACUGGCCGGGAGCUUGAAAAAGGCUUUGGCGCCUGUGAAACAGAUGUUCAACGGUCCGCUCAAAUCCAGGAGCAUCGCUCUGCUCAUCGUCUUCUACUGCAUCUCCUUCGGUUACUACGGACUGUGGAUGUGGUUCCCGGAGCUGUUUGAGCGAAUGGAGAACGGCGGCUCGCCGUGCGCCAACGCCAACGCCUCGUCGUCGUCGUCCGCCGCGUCUCCGCUCCACAACCAGAGCUGCUACCCGGUCAAGACAGCAGUGUAUAUGGAGGGCUUCAUCAUCGCUGCGUCAAACCUACCGGGAAACAUCUUCACCAUCUUCAUGAUCGACAGGCUGGGGGGAAAGGCUCUACUGUCCUGCAGCCUGAUGGUGUCCAGUCUGAGCGUCUUCCUCAUCUACGUGGUCCAGACCAAAGUCCAGAGUCUGGUCCUGUCCUGCGUGUUCAGCGGCGUGUCCGUGAUCACCUGGAACGCCCUGGACGUGCUGGGAACGGAGCUCUACCCGACCCAGCUCCGGUCCUCCGCUCUCGGUUUCUUCACCGGCGUGGGCCGGGUGGCGGCCAUCAUGGGUAACUUGGCCUUCGGCAGGCUGGUGGACACGAACUGUUCCGUCCCGGUCCUGCUGGUCUCGGCUCUGCUGCUGACCGGAGGACUGGUGGCUCUCGUGCUUCCACAAACCAGGCAGACCGAGCUCACCUGACCCCCUCCGGAGCGACUGGAUGUGAAGACGCCCUCUGAAGCGGACUGGAGGACGGCUGCGUUGGUUCUCUUGAUCGUUUAGCUCCCGUUUCUGCUCUCUCUUGCAUCCUGUGCCUUGUUUUCUUGGGAUAAAAAGGGGACAUUCUACACCUUCCAAGAAUCAUUACUCAAGGAAAGUCAUCUUGAGGAUUAAAAUAACACUUUUAUGAGUGUUGAUGAGCUCCCA